AUUGAUAUGUGAUGCAGUUUCAAUAUUUUGAUACAUUUGGUUUUGCACGCAUCGAUUAUUUCAACCUAAAUAGUCCACAAGUCCAAGUGCUAUAUGAGCACAAAACCAAGCGAACAAUGCAUUUUGCUAGGACCUUGACCAAUAAACGGUCAUGAGCUAGGGAAAAUGAUACUUGCGCCCUGCCAUGGGUUGCAGCAAAACUUGGCUGUGACCAAACACGCGAUGUCAGAAUGUAUCACAAACAUGCUCGAAUGAAAAAUUAAACCGUCAGAUUGUGGCUGGUAAUGAAUGGCUCAGGACCUUUUCGGUUUUCAAUCGUAUUCUGAUUUCCAAUAAAAGCGGAGAUUUUGCCAGACCGGAGAGUUCCACUAAUGACAAAAGUAGGAAAUUAAAUUGUGGUUUCUCAAUCGGUGAAGGAGCGUAGUCUAAGUGGAAAUCCAUUUUGAAGAGCUGCUUAUUGGAUUACCGUAAAGUGAUUCGAAAAAGAACGUGAAAACAGUAGCUAACUCAUCGCAGAACUAGAGUGAAUUACUUAAAUUCAGCGAAGUGAAGCGUGAACUAAUGUCACGAUGGAAUUUAAAGUGAUGGUUUGCCUCAUAGCUUUUGGUUGUUUUGGCCUAGUGAGAUCAGAAGCUAUUGCCAUCGAACAGAUUUUAUCGCUGUGCUGUCAAGAAGGAGAAGAAUGGGGAACCCAGCAUAGGUUAUGUUCGAGUUUUAACAAAUCGCUCGAGUUAGUCCCAAAAGAACUUCGAGGAUUGUGUCUUUCGACGAUCGAAAUCUGCUGCUCGAAGCAGCACAAGAUUUAUCAGUGCACUGCGGGACAGAUUGCUGCUCGUCAGGGUCUCAGCUGCUCGUUGAAAGGUGAUCACUCGGGUUCUGAGUUUUAUACGGACUGCUGCGAAGCCUGCAAAAUAGGACUUGUAGUGGGAUCUAGUGCUAGUAAAUGCUCGGUCGACCCAUUCGCCUUUGGUAGUCCAUGGGAUGAGGUGUACGAUGGCUGCUGCAAGGAUAUAAAGCAAGGCGAAGAUUCAUUUAUUUUGAACGAGGAGGACGAAAACAACUUAUGUGGUCGCUUCGACAAUCUUUGCUCACAAAUUUGCGAGAACACCGAAGCUGGUUCUUAUAUGUGCAAAUGCCAUCAAGGUUAUACACUGCUUGACGAUAGGAAAACUUGCGUUCAAAUUACCUCGGAAGAUGAAAAUGAAAUUUCAACAGAACAAAUUGCGUCUGAUUGUCGGCAAGGAUACGAAAAAGAUCAGCGGACUGGUGAAUGCGUGGAUGUUGACGAGUGCGAAACUGGUGAAGCAGUCUGCGAUAUGGAACGCCAGGUUUGUAUGAACAUCGAAGGCGACUAUCGCUGUUUGGACAUACAGGACGUCAAAUGUGACGGCGGCUUCCGAUUUGAUCGCAAAAGUGGGAAAUGUGAAGAUAUCAACGAAUGCGAGGACCAAGCGGCCUGUGACGAGGGCUUCCAAUGUGUUAACAUAAAAGGUUCCUAUGACUGUAUUGCAGUUGUGAAAAAUUAUCAAGCCAGAACACCGACAAAGAAAAAGGUCGAAUCUUGUGCUCCUGGUUUUCGACGACACAACGAUCAGUGCGUAGAUAUUGACGAAUGCGCUGCCGACAAGAAUGCCUGCGAUAGUAAUCAAGUUUGUACGAAUGAAAUCGGAGGCUUCCGAUGUGACUGCAAAAUCGGCUUUAUGCUGGACCAAGUAACCAAUGCUUGCGUGGAUAUAAAUGAAUGCCAAAUUAAUGCUCACGAGUGCUUGGAGAGCCAACGAUGUGACAACACAAUUGGAUCCUACACGUGCAUCCGUUUGCAAAGCUGUGGCACCGGAUAUACGCUAAAUGCUGAAAGCGGAAACUGCGAUGAUGAUGACGAAUGUGCUUUGGGACGUCAUAAUUGUGUGCAUCCUUACGAGUGUUUCAACACGAAAGGAUCUUUCCGCUGCCGGCAGAGGUCAAGGUAUUCUCCAGCGGUUGUUACUAGUAGCAAUAACAUUCGCAGUAGCACUAGUACGAGUGCAACCACAACCACUACAACCACACCUCGUUCUGUUUAUUACACGCAACCUCCUAGGACAACAGGAUAUCCUCAACAUCGUGACAUAGAGUACAACCGUUACCAAGGCUCAUGCGGAAUUGGUUUCGAACGUAAUGCUCUUGGAGCGUGUGUUGAUAUUGAUGAAUGCUCUCGACCAAAUGCUUGCCGUCAAAAUCAGCGAUGCGUUAACAGUAAUGGUUCCUAUAGAUGCUACGAUCUUUUAGUUUGUCCAAAUGGUUUCAUGGCUACAAACGAUGGAUCCGAAUGUAUAGACAUCGACGAAUGUAACACUGGGGAGGCCAAGUGUGGACCAGACCAGGUAUGUAAGAACAAACGAGGAGGAUACGUGUGCCUCUGUCCACCGGGUCAUAUCAUCGGCCGAAACCAUCGAUGUGAGGAUAUAAAUGAGUGUGACCUACACAAAGGCAAGGUAUGCCCACAAAACUCAGACUGUGUCAACACGGUCGGAUCGUAUCAGUGCGAUUGUAAGGCUGGUUUCAAAAAAGACCGGCCUGAAGAACUGAUUUGCACUGAUGUUGAUGAAUGUACGGAUAUUCCCGGCCUAUGCCACCAGCGGUGCAUUAAUUAUUGGGGUUCCUACCGAUGUGGCUGUGAAGCGGGAUACAAACUGGCUGCUAAUAACCGAAGCUGCGAUGAUGUUAACGAAUGCGAGGAAUACAAAGCGAAUAAUCUUUGCGUUGGAAUUUGCGAAAACACACCCGGAUCAUACAGAUGCCGAUGCCCGCAGGGAUACACACUAGGACAUGAUGGACGCAGUUGCGUAGAUAUCGACGAGUGCGAUACUAGGGAUGUUUGCAGUGGUCGGAAUGAAAUUUGUACUAAUAUUCGUGGCAGCUAUCGAUGCACACGAAUCAACUGCCCACACGAAUACGAAAUCGAUCCCGACAGGAAAAAUCGCUGCUUACGGACUAUCAAAUAUUGCAAUAGAGGCGAUUUGGAAUGUUUACGAAAACCAUCAUCCUACUCAUACAAUUUUAUAACUUUGGUUUCGAAUAUGCCGGUACCACCUACAGGCAGGGCAUUGUUCAAUUUACGAGGUCCCGAUUGGUACGAGUCAAUCGACUUUGACCUGAAAGUAGUAUCAGUAGAUGCACUACCCUCUGUUCGCUCAGCGGAUCAACGAUAUUUCAGCUUGAAUAAAAUGUCAAAUGAAGUGCUGUUGAAUCUAGUCAAGAGUAUAGAAGGACCACAGGACAUUGAGUUGGAGUUAAGCAUGGUAGUUUUUAAGGAUGGACAGCCGGUCGGAUCCAACAUCGCUAGACUGUUUCUUAUGGUUGCUGCCCAUGAAUUCUAGUACACAAUUAUACGUUUUUAUUAUUAGAAUUAUUUUUAAUUACUGUCUUAUACUUUGUGUUCAAAAGUAAAAAUAAAGUAACCGUUCGAAUCUUUUUCACACAAAUAAUCAAUUAAA